CCAUAGAAUACAGCAAAACGGGAUCAAUUAUUGUUCGUAUACUAAUUAUUCUUUUAUUAUUUCUAAGAUAUUAAAAUUUGUUUUUUUCUUCAAAACAUAGGAUCAGUUAUUUCUGACAAGUCAAUCCUUAUGUAUAUUUCAAAAUAAUGGAUAUAAAAUUUUAAAUAAAACUGCAGAAUUUUAUUUGAAAAGCGUAUGGUUUCUUUAUGAAAGAUUUGCUAGAUUCUCCAACGAAAGGUCAAGGAUGUCUUCCGACACAUACUACAUUUUCAGAAAACACAAUUUCAAAACAUUUCACAAUAUUAAGACUUUGGUGUAGAUGUUUCAAUCGUCAACAAAUUGUCCAUUUCGUCUCCUACGCCUUGACUUUUACUCUUUUAAUUGUGACACUAGUCACUUUUUUUUUGGGUAAAUCCGUGUGUAUAUUAUACGGCUACGUCAAUAUUUCUCGUCUUGGCUUUUUACCAUUAGUUACCUAUUAUAUUGUGGAAGAAGGAAAAAGAAAUUAUCUUUUUUCUAUCUCAUUGGUACAUGGCUGCCUAGCCAUUGUUGACAUAAUUUUUACAAUUUUCGUUAUUAUAUUGGAUAACUAUUUUGAUCAUGUCACACCACAUUAUCAUGGAUUUUUAUCGCAAAAAGUUCAGCCGCCAAGUUGGAUGCUUGAUGAUUUUUAUAGAGAAAUAACAGUGCCUUUUUGGUAUAAACAAUUUUGUAUUCUUUUAAGUCUACCAUCUUUUAUUCAAGGGUUCUUAAGUAUUCUUUUAGCUUAUCUUAUAUACACUCUACGUAGUGAUCAAAAGUCUUAUUAUCGUCAAUUUUUUUUAGAAAAAAACAGUGUUUUACUUCAUUCAUUUACGAAUAAUCCAUCUAAUUUAGCCAAAACAUCAUUUAUAGACUUUACUGAUAAUUUAUUUAAUGGUCAUUUGAACAAAGAGUUUGAUGAAUAUCACAAUCUUUAUUUACAUGGAGCUGCAAAUUGCAGCUUAACCGAUACUUUACUUGACUUCCACGAAUCGAGUGCUAAUAUAACGCCAACGUUACAAGGGAACACUACAGAGUAUCCUCAUAUAUUUGUUGAAGAUGAUACUUUUUAUUACAAGAACACACAGCGUACUACCGCUUGUCCAAGCGGACAAUCCGAAUCACGUCGUUAUUUAAAGGAUCGUCGUAGAUCCACCACAUUCGGGUCUCCAUUUAUUAAAGAAUGUUUUGACUCUUUAUCGACUCGAAAUUCCGUUUUUGAUUUUAUAGACACAUCGAGUGAGCACCGUGAUUCACUUACAAACUCUCCAAUUAAUAUUGAUGUUGUCGUUCAUCGUGGUUAAUGACAUUAUAAAUGUUGUGAUAUGUUAUUGGAUUUUCUGAAUUCAAUAGUAGAAGGUUUUAAAGUAAAUCUGUGUUUCGAUUUUUUCUUUAUAUGUUGCAAUAUUAAGCGAAUGCUUAGCAUCCUGAUUAGACAUUUCACAAAAUGCAAAACUAGUAACUCGUGUUUGUGUAUACUUUUAUAUAAAAUUUUUACAAGGCA